AGAACCGCACAUAUGAGAAGUCAGUUCCGCGCCGAGUGUCAUCGUGGAAGGAUCGUGAGUGUGAUUGCUUGCUCACUGGCUCGCUCGUUGCGAGAACACGUAAUUAAUCCAUCGCAAGAUUUCACUUGUGAUUCGCGAGUCUUCCUCUACAUCUUUUCUUGGAACUGCGUUACCGUCCAUUUUGCGUUCGUAAAAUAUGGAUCUACCGACUGCGGACGCUUCGCAACCAAAGGCUGUAAGAAUGGCAGAAUCACCAGUGUUAGGAGGCGAGGAGGGAACGGAAAUUAGCGAUGAGUCUUUCUUCACCUAUCUCGAUAUAUUAUUGUUCGUCGGGCUCUUUAUGGCGGCGAUAUGGUACCUGAGAAGGAGCAGACGAGAAGAACCCAUACCAACGACGAAAUCCUACUCCAUCCAGCCAACGUCGUUCACUGCACCGCCACCGUCAGAGAAUUCGUUCGUUAAAAAACUGAAAACUUCCGGACGAAGCUUGGUGGUGUUUUACGGCAGUCAAACGGGCACCGCGGAGGAAUUUGCCGGCCGCCUCGCCAAAGAAGGUAUUAGAUACAAGAUGAAGGGUAUGGUGGCCGACCCCGAAGAGUGCGACAUGGAGGAACUGGUGCACCUGAAAUCUAUUCCGAACAGCUUGGCAGUGUUCUGUCUGGCCACGUACGGAGAAGGUGACCCGACCGAUAACGCAAUGGAAUUCGUCGAAUGGCUGAAGACUGGCGAGGGUGAUCUCACGGGAUUAAAUUAUGCGGUGUUUGGACUUGGUAACAAGACCUACGAGCACUACAACGAAGUUGGAAUAUACGUGGAUCACAGAAUGGAGCAGCUGGGUGCUACACGUGUCUUCGAGCUAGGUCUCGGGGACGACGAUGCCAACAUAGAGGAUGACUUCAUCACGUGGAAGGACAAGUUUUGGCCGACUGUCUGUGAAUUCUUUGGCAUCGAGGGAGCGGGUGAGGACAUCAGUAUUCGACAGUACAAGCUCACGGAGCACGUGGACCUACCGGCCGAUCGCAUUUACACUGGAGAGAUCGCUCGUCUUCAUGCCUUCAAAAAUCAACGAACGCCGUACGACGCGAAGAAUCCCUUCUUGGCGCCACUCAUGGUGAACCGCGAGUUACACGGCCCGACGUCCGACAGAUCAUGCAUGCAUAUCGAGUUCAACAUCGAAGACUCCAAGAUGCGCUACGAAACGGGCGAUCAUUUGGCCGUCUACCCCGUGAACAAUGAAGAGCUGGUGAACAAAAUUGGCGAACAAUGCGGCGCGAAUUUGGAUACCGUUUUCACGCUCACAAAUACGGAUGAGGAGUCCACGAAGAAGCAUCCAUUCCCCUGCCCCUGUAGCUACAGGACAGCCCUGACGCAUUACCUGGACAUCACGAGCAAUCCGCGCACACACAUUCUCAAGGAGUUAUCCGAGUACGCGACCGACCCCGAGGACAAGGAGAAAUUGAAGCUGAUGGCGUCGAACACCGUAGAGGGCAAGGCGCUUUACCAGCAAUGGAUAGUUCAACAGAACCGCACCAUCGUGCACAUUCUGGAAGAUAUCGCGAGCUUAAAGCCGCCGUUGGAUCAUCUCUGUGAACUUUUACCGCGAUUACAGUGUCGGUACUAUUCGAUAUCUUCAUCUCCCAAGCUUCAUCCCAACUCGAUUCACGUCACGGCGGUUCUGGUGGAGUACAAAACACCGACCGGCAGGAUAAACAAGGGCGUGACGACCAGUUGGCUGAAGCAGAAACACCCCUCCGAUCCGCCCUGCCUCGUGCCGAUCUUCGUGAGGAAGUCCCAGUUCCGUUUGCCGAUCCACCCACGCACACCCAUCAUCAUGGUCGGUCCGGGAACUGGUCUGGCGCCGUUCAGAGGCUUCAUACAGGAACGGGAUCACGCGAGAAAGGAAGGUAAAGAGGUGGGCGACACGGUACUCUAUUUCGGAUGCAGAAGAAGCAACGAGGACUACCUUUAUCGUGGCGAGCUGGAGGAAGUGGAGUUGCACACGGCGUUUAGCCGGGAGCAGUCGCACAAGGUCUACGUCACUCACCUGCUCGAACAAAAUAAGGAGGAACUGUGGCGCGUUAUCGGCGAACAGAACGGACACAUCUACGUCUGCGGAGAUGCGAGAAACAUGGCUCGUGACGUGCACAAUAUACUGCUGAAGGUGGUAAUGGAGCGAGGGAACAUGACGGAACUCGCUGCCGCGGAGUACAUAAAGAAGAUGGAGUCACAAAAGCGGUAUUCCACCGACGUUUGGAGCUGAUCAGAUUACUUGUAUCAUAGCAAAGAAAUGCAGAGAAGCAUUUUUCAUACGCAAAGGCCAGCAUCCAGUUCGUCGAAACUCAUCGCCAAGGUGUUGAUAACGACAUGAUUCAUCAGAUUGCCUAUCACGUAAUUUCAUCUGAUAAUUUUCACCCCGUCAUUGUACGUUGCCAAGUGGAACAAUUCUAGUUAAAAAUGCACGAUCAUUAUCAGAGCCGGCGAGUAUUAAAAGUCUUGCAUAAAGUUAAGACUAUUUUAGCUUGAAGAAAAUUCAGUUUCUGGUCUUGCCGUUAAGAUAUUGCACUAAUAUAUUUAAAUAGACCAUACAUUUUAUACUUGAACAACAAGGCGAGGUAGAUUAGCUCGUCGAAUAAUGUAAAUAAUUGUACACACUCAGAUAUUGUAAAUAAUCGCUUAGCAGUUUUCGAAACGCGUUGCUCGAAGUAACGCGCGGAUAAAUAAAUAAUGGGCCGGCUCUGAUAAUCAACUAAAUAAAUACUGUUUGUAAAUUUUACAAAUAAUUUUAUUGAAAUUCUAUUUUUCUCCCAUCUUCGUCCGAAAUCGUCCGAUCAUUAUCAUCAUCUAGUUGAUCUAGUUGAAUGUUAAGUCUUGUAACGAAUAGAGUAAGCGAUAUAUUAUGUAGGCGUUAUAUAAUAUAUAUAUACAUAUAUAUAUAUUAUAUAACGAAUGUAAUUAUGUUUGAUGUAUUGUUGAUGUAUAAUGUAUUGUUAUUGCGCAUCAAAAAGACAUUGCAAGCAAUGUUGAGUUUUACGCACAAGGCAAAUAUCGUUGAAGCCUCAGGUGCCUUGCUCAAUGAUGGUUAAAUACAUUCUAAAUACUAUUGGUCCAUACUCUAAUUGGUGAUAUUAGUCAGUAUACAUAUAAUUAAUAUGCAUAACUGUAUUCUUCCCAAGAUGAAAAAUACCAAGCAAAGGAAGCAAACUUGUACGACGUUUAUCCUAGUUUAGAGAUAUUUUAACUGAAAAUAAAUACAAAAAUAAUAAUACCUUGCAAUAAGUUUGUACGUGGACCUACAUAUACAUAUAUAAUACAUAUAUAUAGCGAAUCUUGAAGCUAAGAAAAUUUGUACUGUUAAAUAAUAUCAAUUCAAGUUCGAUUCAUCAUUCACUCCAUUAUUGUAGUCAUUUACAUGCACUAUACAGAUCCAAGCACUAAUUGCAUUACAUUAGCAUUAAUGUUGCUAAACUAAGUUCUCUUUCUACUCAGAAUCAGAAUUAGCGUUAAGUUUGUUAAAAAAUGUUGAAACAAGAUGUUAUAUAAAUAAUACAUUAUAAAUAAAUAUCUCAAGGAAAUUGUGGCUUAUUCGUGUAGCGUUUGAGAAAUCCCGAGAAUCAAGAAAUGUAAAGAAUUAUAUGUCAAUGGUAAUUGUGUAAUAAAUCAUAAUAAGUAAC